AUGGCAAAUAAGCGCACGUCUUCAUCGAGCUGUACCGAGGACAUGACCGCAUCGCUAAAGAAGGAGCUUCGGCACUCUAUUGCAGCCAAACUUAAGGCGUUGCCAGAUACUGAAGUGACGAGACAAAGUCACCUGCUGACCGAGAAAGUUUGCAAGCUACCAGAGUUUGUGCGCGCUCGUGGUGUUAGCAUAUACUUAGAAAUGCCUAAGGAAGCAUCCACAUCUCAGCUACUAGAAGCCGCGUUUGGAUUAAACAAAAAAGUAUUUGUGCCCAAAAUUAUGGGGCGAUCAGCUGAAGAUCUCAAGAUGCUACAAGCAAUGUCAAUGGACGACAUUCGUAAAUUUCCUAAGGACAAGUGGCAGAUUCCAGACCCUCCAUUAUUUUUCAAUGAUAGUACAGAUCGUGUUGAAGCGAUGCAGGAUAGCGAGCUGGAGCUUGUCCUGCUCCCAGGUGUGGCCUUUGAUCGUGGGGGAGGACGCCUAGGACAUGGAAAAGGAUAUUACGACUCAUUUUUGCGUCGGUUAAGGGAGCAUUACGACGCCAUUAAGCGCCCGCCUCCUACCACCAUUGGUCUUUGUUUAACCCCACAGCUCGUGGAGCAAGUGCCACUGGCCGCGCACGAUAUGCCUCUCGACCUUGUGGUGACGCCCACUGAGGUUAUUCGUGUUAAUAAUCAUCUACAGCAAGGAAACUAUUGA